AUGACUUCGAUACUUCAAAACUCUCGUCGUUAUUCAUCCCUAGACGAUGACUCUCAGUAUGAGCUGCCGACCAAUGUCAACGGCCACACGAGGGCAUCAACAGCAUCCGAAUCGCCUACUGACCAGCCCUCAGAAGACACUCUGCUCGGCAAGCCAUCUCGGAAGAAGAUGUUCCAUAGUAUGGAAAUUGCGAUGGCUUUUGUAGCUCUGGCUUGUCUGGUGCUGUCCAUCUUGGUAGUCUCAAACCGCCGUAUUUCAUGGUAUCUGGGUGUCGAUAACCGCCAGCUCAUCGUCAUUGGGUUGCUUCUCAACAUCAUGAACCAGUGCCUAGCCGGUGUCACACCGACAUUUUUUUUACUUCUCGAAGCCCGUGUUGGAAAUUCCACGCUACAGAACUACGAUGGGAUUCUUCGCAACAAACCUCUGGCAUCCAAGCUUAGCUUUGCCUGGCGCAUGGUCCUUGCUAUUAUGCUGGCCCUUCCCGUCGGCCUCAGCGUAGCGUACAAAACCUUUACAGGCGGCGAGAGCAGCAUGAAGAUUCAUACUACCGACUACAUUCCCCACGGCACGUACUUUGGUCUUUUUAGACCACCAGCCAUGUCAACAUCAAACAGGGGUGUUUCUUUUUUUUUCAACGCGGCCGCCUCAUUUCGAGAUGCAACUGAACGAGCGGCAAAUCUCUCCGAACCUCGGCUGCCCACUUUCCCGCAAGCUUACGGUUACAACCUCCUAUUGCUUGACGAAUCCAGCGCCGCAUCACUCGACAUUCUCCCCGCCAAUUACAUCCUUAAAAUACAGGAGUUGCUUGCUCCUGACGAGUCUUGGAACAUCACUGCGCCUGUGCUCGGUACCGUCGCUACCUUCAACGAAUCAUCCACCGAAGAGGACUUCGAGCCAGUCUGCAUCAACAACAAGACUUGGUAUUUUGAACGUCAAGACUUACUCAUGGGGGAACCGGGGUGCUUCCUCGCCUUGGCGGAUAGAAAAGACCAUUCGGAUCAAUCAUUGCAGUAUAUUGGUCUAUCACCGGGCAAUCAUAAAGAGUGCAAGCAAAACGCGCCACUUAUUCACGCCUACAAUAUCUACCGACAGCAAUGUUUGGGUACGUGGUCCGUUAGCCGAGGUGGCUUUCGACUUCUCGAGGGUUCUUGUGAUAACAAUACCCUGCCGUGGGCCAAGCAGCAGGUAAUUCAGUGGCAACAUGCAGCACUUCCAACGUGGUACAUGAGCGUUUUGAUCGAGAUGCUGAGAACCUUCUGCCCGUCUCCUCCCACGAACGAUUAUCGAAGCAAUGAGUCUGAUUGGAUGAUGCCAUACAUGUCGGUCUCCGUGGCUACCAUGCUGUGGUCAGCAAGCGUAUCAAAGCAGGCGACCUCUUUCGACCCUGAAACAUUCAACAAAAGUUCGGAAGGCUGGCUGUCGAGUAACGGAACCAUUCCUCUUGAAGAGGCUGGUAUUGUUUAUCCCGUCGACGAAGAUGACCGGACAAUUAUUAUCUACAACCGGCCAACACUACGGAAAUCUCCCUGGCUCUACCUGGUCUUGGUAAUCCAGCCAUUUCUGCUCCUAAUCUUCCUUAUAAUGAUUGCAGUAUUUUACACAGUCCCCUUGGACAAGGGAUUCGGUCUGAUAUCGAUUCUAUCGGGCAUUGAGCGGCUAGAUCUGGAUAGCUUGCGCGGGGCAUCCCUAUCCGGAGAGCUUAAGCGGCCCGUCAAACUGUCCAUGAGCCCUACUCAAGCCGAUGGGAAGGAUUCCAUCAAGUAUCAGAUAGAUCCUUCAUCAGGAGGAAUUGAAAUCGACAGAAGGCUCUUACCGAACGUCAAAUAUCAUUGA